AUGCCCAGGGAGGAUGUGGGAGCCUCCUGUCCAACCAAUAUCACUGCCUGGAACCAGAGCACUGCUGUCCUGACCAAGGGUUUUCUGUCUCCCAAAGAGGUGUUCCUGCAGCUGACUGAUGGGCCCAACAGAUGUGCAGGCAACGUGGAAGUCUUCUACCUUGAAAGCUGGGGUGAAGUGUGUGGGUACCUGUGGGACAUGGAAGAAGCCAAGGUGGUGUGCAGGCAGCUUGGCUGUGGCUCACCUCUUAGUGUGAUGGUGUAUUUCCCUUCCUACUUGUACCAGUACCUGAUGACGGAGGUGGAUUGUGAAGGCUCUGAAGACUAUCUGUGGCACUGCCCUUUCAGGGAAUCCUACUCUGUUACCAUGGGGCAGCUUCUGUCAUACUCAGGACUAACAGUGCCUCCAACAACAGCACUGCUGUGUUUGCCAGACUACAUGCGUGUAGCUGUGAGCAGAUAUUACCUUCAGUUACACGGCUACUCUGCUUGGAAUCUCACCUUGAAGGACCCCUAUUGCAAACCCAACAUCAUCAAACUGUUAUAUUUGAUACCAUACGCUCGCUGUGGCACAGUGAGAGAGGGAAACAACGAUACAAUAACCUAUUCCAACGUUAUUAGAGGAUCCUCUUCUGGUGCUGUAAUUGCAAGGAAUAAAGAUCAUCAUCUGCACGUAAACUGCAACAUGCUCCAGAGCACAUGGGCCUGAACGAUGUAUGUUGUGGAGGACGAUUUUGAAGUCAGUGAAACUCAGUAUGGCAGGUACGAUGUAAACCUUACAUUCUAUCAUUAUGCAUCCUUCUCACGGCCAGUGAAUGACUUCCUAUACUAUGUUAACCUGGAUCAGAAUUUGUUCCUUGAAGCUUACCUGCACAGCUCUGAUCCAAACCUGGUGUUAUUUGUGGACACCUGUGUGGCAUCUCCCACUCCCCACAAUUUUACAACAGCGACCCAUGAUAUAAUCAGGAAUGGGUGUGCUCGAGAUUCUACUUAUGCUACAUAUUAUUCACCCUACAGAUACAUGGUCCAGUUUAAAUUCAGUGCCUUCCAGUUUGUUCAUCACAAUCCACUGGUUUACCUGCAGUGUGAAGUAGCGGUGUGCAGGGCCUAUGACUAUUCCUCCAGAUGCUACCAAGGCUGUGUUACUAGGUCUAAGAGAGAGGCAAGCUCUGGCCAAGAUGUGAUUGUAGUUGCUGGCCCAAUACAGCUGAAGGAAGCUGGUGCUGAGGAUAGCAAUGAGCGUGAUGUUAAAUAA